AGCUGGGGGGCAGGCAGUCGGGGAAGGAGGGGUCUUACGGGGCGGCGAGCGCAGGUCGGAUUUCCUUCGAGACUGGCGAUCGGCGAAGCUCUCAUAGAGCUUGCUGCAGCCGCCCCGCUCCGCGCCCUCUGGGAACCCGGACAGGACCAGGAUGUGGACACGCUGGCUCGCGCUCGCGGUGGUGGCGGCGGCCUGGGUCCGCGCGGAGGAAGAACUGAGGAGCAAAUCCAAGAUCUGUGCCAAUGUGUUCUGUGGAGCCGGCCGGGAAUGUGCAGUCACAGAGAAGGGAGAGCCCACCUGCCUCUGCAUCGAGCAAUGCAAACCUCACAAGAGGCCUGUGUGUGGCAGCAAUGGCAAGACCUACCUCAAUCACUGUGAGCUGCAUCGAGAUGCCUGCCUCACAGGAUCCAAAAUCCAAGUUGACUACGAUGGGCACUGCAAAGAGAAGAAGUCUGUAAGUCCCUCUGCCAGCCCCGUCGUUUGCUAUCAGUCCAAUCGUGAUGAGCUCCGGCGCCGCAUCAUCCAGUGGCUGGAAGCAGAGAUCAUUCCAGACGGCUGGUUCUCCAAAGGCAGCAACUACAGUGAAAUCCUGGACAAGUACUUUAAGAGCUUUGAUAAUGGUGACUCUCGCCUGGACUCCAGUGAAUUCCUGAAAUUUGUGGAGCAGAAUGAAACUGCCAUCAACAUCACCACCUAUGCAGACCAGGAGAAUAACAAGCUGCUUAGAGGACUCUGUGUCGACGCUCUCAUUGAACUGUCUGAUGAAAAUGCUGACUGGAAACUCAGCUUCCAAGAGUUCCUCAAAUGCCUCAACCCAUCCUUCAACCCUCCAGAGAAGAAGUGUGCCCUGGAGGAUGAAGUGUAUGCUGACGGAGCGGAGACCGAGGUGGACUGUAACCGCUGUGUCUGUGCCUGUGGAAACUGGGUCUGCACAGCCAUGACCUGUGACGGAAAAAAUCAGAAGGGGGUCCAGACUCAGACAGAGGAGGAGAUGACAAGAUAUGUCCAGGAGCUCCAAAAGCACCAGGAAACUGCCGAAAAGGCCAAGAGAGUGAGCACCAAAGAGAUCUAGUGAGGGGGCAUCUGGGAACGGUGUCCAGAGACGGGCACCUUCUCCUCCACUUCAGCGCUGAAUCCAGUAUACAUGAAUCUGCUACAAUCGCCAAAUCACCAGUAUUUGCUUGUAUAGCAACAAGUUUUAUUUUGUCUAUUUGUUUUGCAAUAAAGGAAAUGGGGUGGCUGGUGAGGAGGGGAAAGGCCAUAACCUCCAUUUCUAGGAGUGAUUUGAGAGAAACUAUAAAUGGGGCUUUGGGGCUGGAGGCAAGUAAAGAAGCUGCAUCAGGGUAGGGAGAGGAGCAGACCCAGAUCUGAACCACUUCUGAGUCUAACAUGCUGCAGGGAGGGCAAGCAGUGCCAGAGAGAACUUAGCAGAUGGUACCUAGAGGAGGGCUUUGGGAAGCUCAGUGGAGGAGAAGCAUUCCACUUCCCACUCUUUUGGUUGCCAUCAGCAUAACAGAGACCAGCUUCUUUGCCUCUCCUCAUGGCCUGACCACUGCCUGUAGAUACACAGCUGUCCUGCCUAGUUACUGUGUCCCUCAGACUUGAUGGAGUUUCUGGGAAGGUACACCCAAAUGAUGCAGAUACUGGUGUACUCUCAGCCCCUUAGAGACCUAACCAAAUUUUAAAAAUACUUUUUACCAAAGGUGCUAUUUUUCUGUAAAACUUUUUUUGGCAAGUUGACUUCAUUUUUUUAUUAUUAUCAUUAUAUUAUUGUUGUUUUUUAAUAUUUUGUUUUCUUGACUAGAAAUUAAGCUUUUGUAAUUAUUUUUCCAUAGUCCUACCAUUUCAGAGGUAGGGGAACUUGGGGUUGUUCCAGGUGCAGGACUGCUGUCACUCUGACUUCCUGCCCUGCCACACACUAGCUGUAGCCCAGAGUUCGUCCCCCUGGCUUCCAUUGGGUCAGUGGUCUGCUGGAGGAGCUGUGGGUGCCUCAGACAGGAGCCAGGGGAAUAGAAGCAUCUCCAUACAAAGCUUUCAAGAUCCAAAAGCUAAUUUGUUUUCAUUUAUUCUGAGUUCAUUCAAAUCAGUAUUUCAAGGAUGGAGACAAGUGUGGCUAAGCAAGGCUUAGGUAUCUCGGCCUGUCAAUAUGCUCAUUGGUCCACCACUGACUAGGAGAGUGACUUUGGCUCUGUCUCUUCCUAUUUCCGGGCCUCAGCUUCAGUGAGCAGGCAGGAAUGCAUGAACCUUUCGAUUUCAUAAAGUCUAUGAUCAUUGAUCCAUUGGAGACAACUUUCUAUGAUUUUCCUUUCCUCCUUAGGAUAAAUGAAUAUUUGUUAGAACAAGAUUUAGACAGCCAAAACAAGAUGACCAAAUUUGACCUCAGUCUGAAUGGCCCCUUGGGUGUGCUGUGAUGCAGAGCCCUCUCAGGUAAAGCCCUGGAAAAGAGUGGGGAAGAGAACCACUCCACUUGUCUUCACUUUAGCAUUUCCUCUUUAACCUUCUUGGAAACAGAAAUGGCUUUCCAUUUAGAGAUGAGGACAAAAGGGAGGUUUCACAUUUCAAGAGGCGAGGAGUGGAAAUUUAACCUUAAAAUUGUGAUAGAUGAGAAGUCAGUCCUUCCUAUGUCUUUGGCCUGUGUAGUUAUUUACCCUACCCAGUACCGUAUUUAAGAUGCAUUUGGAACAACAAAGAUUAAACACUUGACAUAAGUUCUGAUUUUCAAAACGUAGAUUAUAGACCACCAGAGGGAAAAUAUGUGGAUUGAUGAAAGUUGUACUGAAAAUGGAAUUUCUUCUAAAUAAGUUUCCUUGUUCUCUUUUGCAAAGAGAACAUCCCACUUUGUUUAGAAUUCUAAGCUUUUAUCUAUCAUCCCACUUAAAAGCUCCCUUCAAACCCCACUUGUGCAGUCUGAAAUGCACCUCCCUGUCCAAGUGCCUUGGGAACCCCCAGCAACAUGCCUUGAUCAAGUUUGCCAGCACUUGGAUGCUAAGGGAGGGAGAGCAGGACUACCAGUUUGUUUAAAGCAAGAAACCAGAGUGUCUCCUCACAAGUUAUUUGGGACAGUGGUUGCUACCCAAGACUUACCCUGCUCUGCAACAACGAAUUCCCAAAAGCAAAUCUGUAUUCCUCCUGUAAAUAGGGAAGCUCUUGUCUGCACCAUAGAAUCAUAUGAUCUGAUGACCAUUCAUGGAAAGCUGCUAAACAGCCAAAUUUGUAGUCUUGCAUGGAGCAAAUAAUCAGGAUUAAGUUGGGUUCAGUUCCCCCAGCUCUCUAAAAGCACGGGGCUUAGUCUGCAAGCUUCUUUGGGCUUUCUCUGUGUGCAUACGGUUUUAUAAAACCAUAUAUUACAGCACCUGCUAAGAUCCAGUGUCCAUGAAAACUUCACACGCCAUGACACUGGACUUCAUUGUUUUUGGAAAGCAGGGCUCCUCCACCUGCUAAUAAGUUCAUGUGAACCAGUUUGAAUGUCUUUACACCUAUGUUUUAAAAUAGCCAAAUUUCAAGAAGCAAUUUGAACAGGUUUUGUUGCCUAUGUGUUUGUGAAAUGUAUUUGUAUUUAGUAGGCUUCCAUACUGCAUUUAACUUGUUUUUGUAACUCCUAAUUUUUUUUGGAUACUAUUGAUAAAUAAAGAAGUUAAAAUAA